AUGGGAAGAGUAAGGGCAGCGAUAUUAUACUGCGACGUCGGCUCCAUACCCUGUAUCAAGGGGAGGAUUAUCGAAGUUCGGAUCGCAUGCACACUAACGGAAGCAGAUAAAACCCGGGAGUUCAAGUUCUUUCUACUGGACAGAGGAGAAAAAGAUCUCUUUUUCUAUACUUACGGGAAUGAAAGCGUCGAAAGUCUUGCUAACUUAGCAGUUAAUCUCUGUCCUGAAUUAGGUGGUAAAGGAACUUUCAAGAGACAUGCUAUAAAAAUAGCCCCAUUUUUGAAGCUUCUUAUUUGGAUAGGAAUCAAGAAAGAAGGUGAAAAAAGCUUAGUUCAAGAAGAAGAAGAAGAAGAAAGAUCUUUGGUAGUGGGAGCUUAUACAUAUCUUCCGUAUUCAAGCUUAACUUUCACUGAUGUCUUUUUUUGUGUGAUUUCUCUGCAGGUUCCAUCUUAUAUAUCUAGAUCUGUAGCAGGAAGCUAUGACAAUGAAGCCGUAGCUAUAUUUGCAUUGAUCUUCACCUUUUAUUUAUAUAUAAAGGUUGUUUUGGGAACAUUAUUGGCAGCAUUGGUACCUGUUGUUGGCUUCAAUGCUGUCAUGACAUCAGAACACUUUGGUUCUUUUUGGGGCUGUGUUAGCAGUACUCGUAGCAUUGGUUGCAUCUAGCCCAACAAUGGGAUGGAGUGGACGAAGCUUGAGUUUGCUUGAUCCGUAAGUGUUUCUACUGCCCAACAGUUUUGUUUAAAGUCAUGUAAUAAAGAAAUAAAAUUACAAUAAUUUUUUUUAUUGUUAAAGGAAGUGGUGAUUGAUUAAUAAACCAAUCGCUAUAGCCUAUCACGAUUGGUUAUAUAUUAAUCGUCGUUACCAUCAAGGCAACAACAAGGAGACUUCUACCGAUUGAGAGCGAUUGGUGUAUGACCAAUUGCUUGGUUUUGAGGUUAAUAACGACUGAUUUACCAAUCGUUAUAGGGUCUCUUUACUAUUGAAAAUAAACCAUUUAUUUUUAAUUAACAUCUAUAGUAUUUAUUCUUAUUAAUUAUUAAUUAAUUGACAUUAACAAAUAAAUUCCCAUAACAUCAAUUCAGCCGA